AUGGCGGACAUCUCAGACCAGAAGCCGCACCCUCUCAUCAUCAAGCCCACAGAGAAAGUCUUCGCCCUCCCCGAACUCGUCGAAAACAUCCUCAAAUUCUUGCCGAUCGACGACCUCUUCAUAUUCCAGCGUGUCAACUCCACUUUCCACGACACCAUCAAGGACUUCAAGGCAAUCCGUCAAGCCAUGCACCUCGAACUUGGGGAGGGGAUGACGCCUCUGACUCGACCACCGACUUUUUCGCCAGAACCAGACAUGAUGACUACACCUUCGCCUCCCGUCCGCUCGAGUCCGCAAUCGAGCCUCUGCAACUGGGCUACCGCGGCAUAG